AUGUGGCGCUCGGUGGCUCUGCUCCUCUCUGGAUUCUGCGCUCUGAUCCACGUGUCGUUGCAGGGCCCUCACCAGAGGAGCCUGCUGAAGAAUCUCCUGAAGGACUACAACCGGAUGGAGCGGCCGGUGGGGAACGACUCGCACCCGCUCACCAUCUACUUCUCCCUCAGUCUGAUACAGAUCAUGGACGUGGAUGAGAAGAACCAGGUGCUGACUUCCAACAUGUGGCUCCAGAUGAGUUGGUUCGACCACUAUCUCCAGUGGAACCAGAGCGAACACCCGGGCGUUAAAAACCUCCGCUUCACCACGGAUCAGGUGUGGACGCCGGACAUCCUGCUCUACAACAGUGCAGAUGACGACUUUGACUCCACCUUUAAGACCAACGUCCUGGUCAACUCCAGCGGCUACGCCAAGUAUCUGCCCCCAGGAAUAUUCAUGAGCACAUGCAACGUGGACGUCCGCUGGUUCCCCUUCGACAUCCAGAAAUGUGAGCUGAAGUUCGGCUCUUGGACGUAUGACGGUUGGCUGCUGGACCUUCAAAUGACCGAUGCUGAUAUUUCGGGCUUCAUGCCCAAUGGAGAGUGGGACCUAAUCGGGGUUCCCGGCACCAGAAAUGAGGUCUUCUAUGACUGCUGUAAGGAGCCCUACCCGGAUGUCACUUUUGUUGUGACAAUACGCCGGCGGACGCUCUACUACGCCCUGAAUCUGCUCAUCCCCUGUGUGCUGCUUUCUUCCAUGACUCUGCUCAUCUUUGUGCUGCCGGCCGACUCUGGAGAGAAGAUCUCGCUGGGUAUCACUGUGUUGCUGUCUCUCACUGUUUUCAUGUUGCUGGUGGCAGAGAUCAUGCCGGCCACGUCUGACUCCGUCCCUCUCAUAGGUCAAUAUUUUGCCAGUAUAAUGAUAAUCGUUGGGAUGUCGGUCAUCGCCACAGUGGUGGUUCUGCAGUAUCAUCACCACGAUCCAGACGGAGGAACCAUGCCAAAAUGGGUGCAGCUGGUCUUGCUGCAGUGGGUAGCCUGGUUCCUGCGUAUGAAGCGGCCCGGAGAGAAUGACGACCCCGAGCGGCCCCCGUGCGCCCCCCACCUGCGCCGCUGCUCCUCGGGCUCCCAGAGCAACAGCCUCCCCAACGCUCCGGACCCCUCCAGCGCCAACAACGGGAACCUUCUUUACAUGGGCUACCAGAGCAUGGAAACCCUCGGGUGUCCCAGCACUGUCUCCAGCGGUGGGGGGUUCGGAGGUGGACCAGGAGGACAUGGAGGGUGUUCGACAGCGGGGAUAGGAGACCCCCAGCUCCAGUCCCUCCUAGAGGAGGUGCGUUACAUGGCGGACCGCUACCGGGAGCAGGACGAGGCCGAGAGCGUGGCCGACCAGUGGAAGUUUGCCGCCGCUGUGAUCGACCGUCUCUGUCUGGUGGCGUUCAGCGUCUUCAACAUCAUCUGCACCAUUUCUAUCCUCAUGUCUGCUCCCAACUUUGCGACUGCUAUCUCGAAGGACUUUGUUUGAAAGCAAAGAGGGGAAAAAAAAAGUGUGACGGGAUGGAUGAGGGGAAUUAAAUGUAAGAUGACGGAUGGAGUGGAACCUGGAAACACAAUUUCCAGCCGACUGUGGGCUUUGUGAUUUGUGAUUGCGAGGGACUGGGAAAUAGAAAAAGAAAAAAAGGAAAUGGUUUUCUUUGCAAUACUUUCUGUUUUGUAACUGGAAUCUAAGAAGGGAACCGAUGAGGAGGGAGAUACUGGGUGAAGGUAGAAUGAGAUUAGGCUGAUGCAGGGUUGCUUUAUCAGUUCCUCGACAAGGUGAAACGGAUUGUGGUUAAUUCAGAGACUUUUCCUUAACAAUUAGGGGAGAGGUGGGUCGGGAAGGGGAAAAGGAAGAGAAGAUAUCAGUCCUGUGCAACCUCAAAUAACACUGUCUCUUAAAGCCAGGAGGAGAUUGAGAGAAGACGAGAGGGAAAGAGACAAGGCAGAGAUAGAUGGGGACAGAUAAAUAAGACAGUCAUUUGGACGUUUUAUUUUCUCAAGGAGGCAGAG